AUGUUUGACAGACUAUGUGAAGAGUUUGACAUCUAUCAAUCAGUUUAUUUGAAUUGGCUUGUGAUUGUCCUACCGAAUAUGUAUCCAACUUUAUUUGGAUUAUUUAAAGCACAAUACGCUAUGCUGGAUAAAUCCUAUUGGACACCAUUAUCCGAAGAAUUUUCCGCCUUUCAUCCAGCUGUAGAUAUUCUUCGUACGAUUUGUGAUAAAACUACUCCAACUGAAAAGCUUCUAAUUACUUAUCAGACAUUUGCUACUGUGGAUCAGAUUAUCAGUAAAAGUAAGCCUUCCCGGAAUCGUGUUCCAACAUCUCUGGAUGAGGUGGGCAACUGUAGAAAUCCAUCAAUAUGCUCAGUGGAUACUUUGUCUCACUUGCCUGGACUUGAUCAAUUAUUGCCGAUUAUUCAAUUUGUUGUCAUCCGGGCUGGUGUUAUGUACCUGGGCGCUGAACUAGCGUAUAUUGAACAACUGGCACUGGAACGCUUAUCGCUUACUGGUUGGUGGUGGUCUCCUCCCCUGUCUAAUGAUGACUACACUGCAAAUUGA